AUGGCUGAAUCUACUACUUUCCAACUUGUUAACUUACGCAGUAAUUCAAUGACAAAUACCGAUGCAAAUGAUUCAUUAUCAUCAGGAUCACCACGUUCAUUGUCACCUUUGAAUGGAUGGGGAAUUAAAUAUCAGACAUUCCCAAAAAAAACUGAUUCAAAAGGCAUCUGGGAUGGAUAUGAAACGAAAGAAGAAUUUAUAACGAUGCAUAUGCGUUAA